AUGCUUGAAGUAAUCAAUUGGGUCAUUAUAACUUUUUCCUACAACGUGGAAGCCAUCCUCGCCGCAAUUUUUUUGUCUGGACUAUGCAGAUGUAUGUUACUGGUUGUACCGAUCUACGUCAGCGAGAUUUGCCAAGACUCCAUAAGAGGGAUGAUGACGUCAGGUGCGAUGGUCUUCCACUCGAUUGGGAUGCUCGUAUCUUACCUCAUGGGAGGCUAUUUGAGCUAUGACAACAUGAACUACGUCUGUUUAUCCAUAACAGUGCUUGAAGUGGUAUUUUUAUAUUUUUUGAAGGAGUCACCUAUGCAUCUGAUGAGGAAAGGCCACAAGAAAGAGGCUGCACAAGCAAUCGCAUUUUACCGAGGCACUUCUGUCAAUUCUAAGUUGGUUGAAGAAGAAUUGCAAAAGCUUCGAAGGGCACUUAAUACGGAUUUGGGCGAUGCUACGCCUGAAGAAGAAAAACUAACGUCUGAGCUGAAGGAAAAUCCUAAACUUUCUACGUGGCAAUUUCUAAAAAAAUCACGGUCAACCAGACGAGCUCUCUUCAUGAUAUUAGUGUUAAACGCAGCAGUGAUAUUCCAAGGUCUGAUAGUGGUGCAAGUGUAUGCAGGGCCUCUCUACGCUGAGGCUGUGCCAUCAAUGUCACCAACUAUCUGCAGCGUGAUCUUCACCUUAGUGACAAUAACGUCGGGUUUCAUUGGCGCCUUCUUGAUUGAACGGGCCGGUAGACGGCCCUUAAUGAUCUACGCUUCCUUUGCUACUGGUGUAUGCUGCAUGGUCUUGGGUACCCAAAUUCAGCUGCACUGGGGGCCGCACUGGGUCACCGCAAUGUUCAUGUACAUAUUCGGCGUGACUUACUCGUGCGGAUCGGGGACCGUUCCCUGCGUGUUGCUUGCAGAGAUAUUUUUACCAGAGAUCAAAAGCAUCGCAUCAAUGAUAGUCAUCCAGUGGUCCCUCGUCUGCAGUUUUAUCGUUCUCUUCAUCUUCAACCCACUUGUCACGACAAUCGGCUUGGGUCCAGUCUUCUAUUUCUUCGCAUUUGCCUGCUUUUUUUCCGCUAUCUUCUGUAAAUUCUUCUUACCGGAAACGAAGGGUCUUACUGUGGACGUUAUUCAAAUCCUUUUCGCAAAGAGAAUAGUUCGACAACGUCAUGUAGUCAAUACAGAAAUUACAUUUUAA